AUGAGAGCAGAACAGACUUCUUUUAUCGCAGAUUCAUUGGAACGAAACCACUCAACCGAGUCACUAUUACGAGAAAGCAAGGAUGACCCAGCUGACAUUGAGAGCAAUUCAUCUAUUCCUGGCACCCCUCUGACUCCUCGUCGGCAUCUUGUGAGACUUUGGGUGGCAUAUCAACGACACUUGUAUCUUUUAAUUCAAGUCAUUCAGAUAGGGUUCGCCUUAUAUGGAAUUUUCACUCUCAUAUUUCCAACUGGCUUUCCUUUGCGACAUUCAACGGGACCAGGAAAAGACCCCUAUGGAAUUACCUACGACGACGAAGGAGCUGUCGUUUUUGAUAAGCAUCCUUGUGACUGCGGGUCUUCAGUUGCUGAAGCUCUUAGUAACGGCUGUGUCUACGAUGAACUAUCUGCAGCAUGGCUGCCAGAACGCUGCCGCGAUGAUGCACUCACAGCCCAGUUUGCAACAAUAGGGGAUGGAUCCGAUGGGCAUUGGAUGUACUGGGCACAUAAAAAUCGCACGGGAAACCUCACGGUCCACGAAGUGUCGCUAUACUCCGACAUCCAGCCCACGCAGUACCAUAUGAGCUAUGAAUGGCACGUUUGGCACUGCUUGUACCUCUGGUUGAAAGAACAUCGUUUCAAAAUCAACGGGAAAUACUUUGAUCCCAGAGCAGAUUCCGAACAUCAUAUCAUGCACUGUAUUGAUGUUUUAACCGAGACUCGUACCAAUACUAUGACGGCUGCGGGAGCAUCUCUAAACGGAUGA